AUGCAAAAUUGUAGAAUAGACAGCAGAUAUAUUAACUUAAUAAAAGAAACUAUAAACCAAGCUACAGCUACAUACUACCUAAAUAAAAAUGAGCACACGAACCCUGUACCAUUAAACAGGGGAGUCAAACAGAGAGAUACUUUAUCACCCAAACUGUUGACCUUAGUUUUGGAGGACGUUUUUAAAAACCUAAAUUGGAAAUAUAAGGGAAUAAACAUCAAUGGCCGCUACCUCAGUAUUCUACGAUUUGUAGAUGACAUAAUCCUGAUAGCUACUGACCUACAAGAAAUGCAAACCAUGCUUUUAGAACUACAUACUAAAUCUUUUAAAAUAUGAUUGAAAAUGAAUUUAAACAACACAAAAUUUAUGCACUCCGAAGACACCGUGAUAAUAAUAAACAAUAAAGUUAUCGAAAAAGUUGAAGAAUAUAUAUACUUAGGACAAAAAAUAAUACCUUAUAGGGAAAUUCAAACUAAAGAAAUAAAAAGAAGAAGAAAGUUAGCUUGGGCAGCAUUUGGUAAACUGAACUAUACACUCAGAAAUCAACAAAUUCAAUUACAUCUUAAGUCUAAAGUUUUUGGUGCAUGCAUUAUUCCGAUAUUAACUUGUGCGGCACAAACAUGGACAAUCACAAAAAAGAAUAUGAAUAUACUUAGAGUCACUCAACACGCGAUGGAAAGAGCAAUGCUAGGUAUAUCAGUUAAGGACAAGAAAACAAACACAUGGAUAAGACAGAAAACCAAAGUCACCGAUGUGGUGCAAAAAUCAAUAAAGUUGAAAUGGGAAUACGCUGGACAUUUUUAACCUGGAGACCAUACCAACACAAAAUACUCAGAGGCAGACCUCCUAUAAGAUGGACAGAUAAUCUGAAAAGGACUGCCGGGAAAAAUUGGGUACAAGUAG